AUGGCUGGGCCUCGUCAAAGUCUCGGAACCCAAGAAGACCCUUUCGUCUUUGAUGAUGACAGCGACGACAAGCAACCACAACACUCGUCGCAGCACCAACAGCUCAGAACACCGCGGCGCAGCCGCGUACGGGCGCAAGGUCUGGUACGCCAGCCUGAUUCCGACCCGGACGAGAGUGACCUCAACGCACAACUCAAUAAGCUGCGCGAACGCGAGAAGCGCGGUGCCGCUGGCCCAAGUGCAUUAGCCCAACCUCCAGUUAUCGCGACGCCCAGUUCGUCCCAGCGCAUGAAUGGCUCGUCCGUGUCCAACCGCGAGAACGGUUCGAAUUAUAAGGGCAAAGGCAAGCGGGGCGAAGUUACAUCGCCUGUCGCGACACAGCGACCUCUGCGCGACUACUUCUCCGACAAUGCCGAGGCAGGACCGUCUCGUCAGAUUGUUGUCAUUGACUCGGAUGAUGAGACCAAGACGACCAAGCGGAAGGCCAACCUUCCUCCCUCCCAGCGGAAGAAGAAGCGCCGCACGGACGGCUUCCAUGAGGGCACGCACCUGGGGUCAUGGGGUAACUUCGAGAAGCUUGUUGUCGAAGGCCGGCCCGAAGGCCAGCGGCCAAAGGCCAACAAGGCGCCGAGCUCGCUGGGCCCCAAGCUCGGCGAGUGGGGUAACUUUGAGCCUUUAAACGUCCUGGGCCAGCCUCCGUCGCAGGCUCAGAUCACGCCACACCGCGUCCGCCUGCGUGAAAGAUCUCCCUCACGCACCGUAAAGCAUCAUGGUAUGAUGGCACGCAAGUCGACCGGAGGCAAGGCGCCCCGCGGCACACUGGGAGGAGCCAAGGCACCGACCGCCACGCCUGUCGCUGAAGGAGACGCACCCGGGCCUCCGCUACCACGCGCAUCCGCUACGCCGCUGUUCACGUUCCCACCGCCGGAGGCAGAGUUGCCUGCGCCAGUGAAGAAACGCAUGGGUCCAUUGUGGGCGACCGACAACGCGUCGCCUGAGCAGCCACCGCCACGUCCUCUUUCGCGCUCGUCCUCGCGCCCGUCUUCACGUCCUGUCUCACGCCCCGCCUCCCAGCCACUUGCCACGCCCGAGGCCAGCCCCUCGAUGUCCCAGCCCCUAGCCUCUGCACCCGAACCCAAGUCUGCCUCGUCUCCUCCUCAGCCGGCAUUAUCCACGGUGGUGACCAGGACGUCUCCGUUUCCUUCCCUAUCCGGCGCGGCCGUGAGUCCCUCGGCCGAGGCGAUGGUGCUCGAUGAUGCGCCGCGUGACAGCGUUGGCAUGGCCGACAUCGACGACGACGAGGACCUGAUACCUCCCCUUCCCGAAGGGAGUCUGACACCCGCGCCUCACUCCGCAAUUGACGACGGUCCCUCUUUCGAGAUUGAUGAGGACGUCAUCAGUGUUUUCGACGAUGCCGAAAUCGAGGAAAUUGUGGCCCCUGGUGACGCAACUGGCCCGGCUGAGGAGCCUACCUCUACAGCUGUCGCGGAGCGAGCUACUGAAGAUCUUGAAAACUCACCGAGAGCACGGGCACCUUCUACCGCCCCAACCACAACCACCGAUAACUCGAGACUCGCUAAAAUGCACGACUCGCACACUGAAGCGUCGCCGAUUGAUGACGCGGUCCUAACACCCCCGUCGCAUGGGCUCGCGGCCCCGAUGGAGAUUACUGAUGAGGAGGUCGAGGUGCUCGAGGUCCCGGCUCGCAUCAGUCGCCGGGAGUGGGAGCGCCUCAUUGAUAGCGCCCAGCGCCUGUCGGACGGCGAUGGGCUAUUCAAAAGAAAAGAGUCUGUGACUGCGCGCGAACUCGCACCUGCUGGCAUGGCUGUGAAGGUGAACCGCCACCUCGACAUGCACAUAAUCGAUCAGUACCACAAGCUGAUCAGCAAAGGCUCAUUUCUGAACCCAGCGAUUCAUCGCGAGGUUUUUGAGAUGUACAUGUCCAUGUUCACGGCCGUCGACGAACCGAACGCCCCGGCCAUCAAGGUCGUAAACCACAUCGACGGGGUCCCGCCAAACUUUGAAUUCCAAUACAGCAAUCAGAUGCUGUACAGCACAGAGGUUCCAGAACCCGAGCUCGGCCAGGGCUGUGGCUGUGAGGGGCCGUGCGAUCCGCUGUCAACGACGUGUCUUUGCGUCAAGCGUCAACAGCUGUACUUUUACAACCUUGAAGGUUACCAUGGAUUCCAAUACAACGAGGACGGUACUGUCAAAAACCACGAGUGUCCCAUCUGGGAGUGCGGCCCCAACUGCGGCUGCCCGCCCGAAUGCAUGAACCGCGUGAUCCAGCGCGGGCGCAGUAAGGAUACGGUUGUCGAAAUCUUCAAGACUCGGCAGAAGGGCUGGGGUGUGCGGGCUAAAAGUUUCAUCAAGAGGGGCACUUUCAUCGGGAUUUACUCUGGCGAGUUCGUGACUGAGGCUGAGACGGAGGUGCGCGGUCGUGUCUACGAGAAAGUUGGCCGGACGUACCUCUUCGACCUCGACGGCUACCACAUUUCACACCCUCCGGACGGCCUUGAAGACAUCGAUCCACGAGCUUACGAGCUCGCCAUGACCGUCAAGGACCGUGCGCAGAAAUGGAAGGCCAAGGAGUUGAUGGAGUUGGGCACAAUCUCGGACCCGUCCGAGGCGGUCGGCAUUGACGAUAAUGACUGCGACUUCUCCUAUUCGGCAUACUCAGUCGAUGCGUUUCACUUGGGGUUCACCCGAUAUAUUAACCACUCGUGCAAUCCAAACCUUGUUACCUCUCAGGCGUAUGUCACGGACGCACACCCCGAGCGCCCGCUGCUGGUGAUCUUUGCACGCUUCGACAUCCGCCCUGGUGAAGAAAUGUGUAUCUCGUACAAAGGGACUCCGGACGAGUCUGAGAUAGUCAUGGAAACGCCGCGGCGCGGCAGACGUGACAAGAACAAGACGAGCGUGCAGGCGUAUGUGAACCCCAGAGCUGUGGGACGCCCCAAUGGUGGACAGUGCAAGUGUGGCAUGCGUAACUGUGAUGGUAACAUGUUCCCAUCUUAG